AUGGACACAGACACAGGCAUGCACCAAAACCAACACAACAACCAACAGUUCAAAAUCCAGCACCACAACAACAACCAACAGUUCAAAAUCCAGCACAACAACAACAACCAACAGUUCAAAAUCCAGCACAACAACCAACAGUUCAAAAUCCAGCACAGCAACCAACAGUUCAAAAUCCAGCACAGCAACCAACAGUUCAAAAUCCAGCACAACAACCAACAGUUCAAAAUCCAGCACAGCAACCAACAGUUCAAAAUCCAGCACAACAACCAACAGUUCAAAAUCCAGCACAACAACCACAAACAGAGCAAAGACAUAAAAGAAGUAGAGAAAAAGGAAACCAAGAAUUCUUAA